GGGAUCAGCCCUGAACAGGUUCAGGUUGUCAUCGCUGCCGCACGACUGAUCUGCCCUCUCCUCCUCGAGUUUAAAAGAGAUGCGAGUGUCUUCUUCCUUCCCAGACUUCAGAAUGUGGAAGUGCUGUCAUACCAGCUGGACAAAUACAUUCAGACCACUCAGAAGAUCUGUGACACGUUGGAGAAAAGUCAGCGGCCUCUGACAAUGACUAAAGAAACUCUGGUGGACCUCGGUGAGGAUUCAUCUGUUAAUCACCUUGAUGAACUCAGUCAGCUCCCCCUGAUAACGUCCACAAAAUCUGUGGUAGACCUCGGUGUGGAUUUGUCUGAAGAUGACUUACAAAGGAUGCUUUGUCACAUUAAUGUGCUCGAUGAAAUCAGGAUGGACCAGCACGUCCGGACGGUGUUCUUGUUUCAGGAAGUUUCAUGUUCUGCCUUCAUCGAUGAGUUCAAUGAGCGUCGACCCAGGAUGCUGCAGUUUCUAAACAACUUAGAGGACAGUGCUGUUCAGCUGGACCGGAUGAAUAAGGGGGCGAAGAUUUCCAGUGUGGCAGGCAGUUCAGUGGGGGCAGUGGGAGGCGUGCUUUCCAUUGUUGGUUUGGCACUGAUUCCUGUAACAGCUGGAGUGUCUCUCACUCUGACUAUGACCGGGGUAGGGCUGGGGAUCGCCAGUGGAGUUAACAGUGGUGUCACCACCGCCACAGAGGUUGGAGUGAACCGUAAACAUCAGAAGGAAGCCAGUGAAACCUUCCAGAGCUUCAUGGAGGAUGUGCAGAGUCUCCAGGAUUGUCUGGAUGAGGUGACCAGUCAAGCAGACAUCAACAUAGAGGCAAGUGAGAUAGAUGUGGCUGUGGGAGUAGGCAAGGUGCUUUGCAAAGCUAGUGCUGUUGGAAGAGGCAUUGAUUCCCUUCUUGAUGCCGCUUCUGCUGCUAAGUUGUUGAAAAGUAAGGAGUUGAUUACAAAUGCUGGGAAGGUGGUGGCCCAGGAAGGUAAAGCAUUACGUAACGCGCCCAAGGUGGCCUCAGACAUCACAGAUAUCGGUCAGGCAGCAGUCAAAGGCCCUCUUGCACUGUCCAAAACAGCCAGAGGAGGUUUCAUCGCGCUCAAUGCUCUUUUCCUCGGCAUGGAUAUCUUCUUUAUCUGCAAAGACAGCAUCAGUCUGUCCAAAGGCAGCAAGAUUGAAGUCUCACAGUUCAUCAGAGCCAGGUCUGCACUCUGGAAAUCAGAGAUGGACUCAUGGCAGAAGAUCUGUGAUUCCCUGCGAGAAGGUCUGCUGACAUCAGAGAAACACCAAGCUGUCCUGGACAAGCCAUUUUAUCCAAGAAGGGAGAAAACAAAUGAAAUGUCCAUCGGAUCAAGCUGAUGACAAACUAAAUAAAAGCAUGUCUGAGUAAUUAGCUGCAUUUCAUUUGACAAACAGGAUUUGAGUCCGUCAAACAAAAAGAGCUCUCAAGGAGGAUAAGAAGGAAAAUCAAAAAAUGAAACUUCAAUCAGAACUGAUACUCGAACUGGCAAAGACAAAAGGGGACAAGGACUCUUUAUACAAACAGGUGAAACCAAUCAGGGGCGGGACAAAUGAUUAAAAAAGGCGGGAAAAUCACACAAAGAGAGGAAGUCAGAGUCUGAAAUUAGAGGGAAAAGGACGAGUACAAAAUAAAACAGAAUAUUUAAUAAUAAUUUUGCUUAGAGUUGUCAUGUCAUUUGGGUUUCUUGUUUAGUGUUUCCUUUUUUAUUGUGUAAUUCUCACCUUGAGUCUGUAACUGUACUUCCUGCUGCUGUGUUUCCUGCAAGUUUUGACAGUAACAAAACCACGAGAAAUACUGAGUUUUUUUUUAUGGACUGUCUCACUGUGUAAUCUAAUUUUCCCUUCUGGAUGAAUGAAAUGUUUUUAACCCUGUAAACUACAGGACCCAUGGGUGCACCCUCACCCAGAGACUCCCCCUAAUCAGGCUCAAUUACUGAGGAUAGAAAUGUUCAAAGUGCGACCACCUUGAAGAGAACCUUUGUUUUUUCUCUCCCUUCUUUUACUCCAGAGGACAAUUCACUGGAAGUACUCCCUGAGCUAAUGCUCGAGGGCGCUCUAACAAGGCCCCGAUUAGGGGCUGGAUUUGCUGCUUGCAGCUCAGUUAAUGUCAGAUUGGCAUAAAGAGUCCACGUGGGAUCAGUACGGGUGCGGGCCUGGGACCUGAUUCGCACACCCUUCCUCGCAUGUCAGGGAUAAUUAUUUAAUGAAAGGCGAAGGGUGUCCCAAAUCCUGGCAGAGAGGGAGAAUCAGAGAGGUCUUUAGUCAGAGCUCAAGGUCUCUCUUCAGGGAAAAGUGCUGCUGUCUGCAGGAGAGCUCCAGCUUCGACGAGAAGCUGCAGAAUGAAAACUGGUUUCAUCUUGUUUCCAAGAAAUGUGGCAAACUGUGUGAAAUGUAAAUAAAAACAAAAGGUGA